CUUUUCGUCUUUUCUGGCGCCUGCUCCUGCUCCUGGCCCGCCGAGUGUAAACAACAGCCACCACCAUCGUCAACGACAAGGCUGUGUGUCCCGUCGGCGCUCGUCCCUCCGUCUCCCUUCCCCUGAAAAUCGAAGAAAAAUCUUUGAUCAUAAAUAACAUGGAGUUGAACCAGGAGGAUGCCCGACGCCUCCUCUUAGAAGGGGGAACCCUGCUAGUCCUUGAUGUCCCAGAAGGCACGAAUUUUGGGAUUGACCUCAAGUCAUGGGAAACUGGUGAACGAUUCAAAGGUGUUAAAAUGAUUCCCCCAGGGCUGCACUUUGUGUAUCACAGUGCUGUCGGACAGUAUGGCGACACAGCACCCCGGAUCGGCUUUGUGCAUAAUUUCAAAAAAGGUGAAAUUGUUCUCAAGAAGUGGGAUGCAGAGGCAGGCGAAAUUGACCACAACAAAACAGUCACAGAUGAAGAACUUCAACGAAUUAGAGCAAAUAUCUAUGAUGUUGAUCGUUUCUUAGGGCCAUAUCCAUAUGAAAUUUGGGACAAGUGGAAGAUGCUGUCUGAUAAAAUUACAGAACCUCUUGCCAAGAGGCUUGUACCUGACUCAGGAGUGAUAAGAUCAGCUCUGGAAUUGGUGUCACAAGGUAAUGUCAAAACAGAAUCUGACAAAGUCAAAACCACUGACCAAAGUUGUGAGCCCAAUGAAAGCACUCCUGAAACAAGUAGCCCUUCAAGUAAACAUUCAUGUCCAACAUCAGACGAUGUUGGCUCCUUCAAAAGAAGACGGCAUGGUCGACCAUUAACCGUUGAAGAAAUUGAAGAAGAGUUGCUCCCUGAACUGAAACCUGCACCAGGAACAGCUCUAAGACUCACACGCUUUCCCGAGCUUUAUUAUCCUCCUGGUUCAACUCCAGCAGAAAUCACCUAUCACUCAAUGGACUCCAGCUAUGCCUUGAAAACUGUUUUAGAGCAGCAUGCUGUGCCUGGAGAUUUGGUUGGAGAGUUGCAGUUUUCAUUUCUGUGUUUCCUUGUUGGACAGAGUUUAGAGGCAUUUGAACAUUGGAAACAACUAGUACAAUUGAUAUGCAACUGUGAAAAGGCCAUUAAGGAUUAUCACAACCUUUAUGAAGAUCUGAUGUGGGCUUUAGAAGCACAGCUUUGGGAAAUACAGGAAGACUUUUUGGCUGACAUUGUGACCAACAACAACUCUAUCUAUGCAGCUCUUCGCAGAUUGUUCAGAGCAAUUUUGUCACCUGACAAUGACAUGGAGCCUCGCUUGAAAACUCGAACUGCACGGUUUGCCGAACGACUUACAGAAAAACUAGCUUGGGAUUUUUCUGAUAUAAAUGAAGAAGAAGAAGACGAAAAGCCAGUGGUUGUAGAUUUGUAAACAUACUAGCAUCUAAUUGAAUACAUUUAUUUUGAUCUAAAGAAA